AUGGGAACGCACUGCACCAAAAAUAGGGCAUCCGGAAUACAAAAUAAUAUUAAUUUAACCUCAUCGUCAUUAUCAAAUGCAAAUAAUAUUUUAUUUAGCUUUGAAAAACAACAACAAAAACCAAAAGAAAAAAAACAACCACAACCACAGCAACAAAAACCUAAAGAUGAUGUUAAAAAAAUUAUAAUUUGCAAAAAUUGCUCAAAGAAAGGCCAUAAAGAAAAAGAGUGUCCAACACCAGAUAUUAACAAAAUCUGUUCCAAUUGUACUAAGGUUGGUCAUAUUGCAAGUAAUUGUAAAGUUAUUUUAGUAAAUUUUGCCAGAUCAAAACCACAAGAUAAAGGUGAAAGAAAACCAUAUAGAAAAGAUAGAAAUGAUAAAAGAGAUGAAAAGAAUGAAAAAAAUGAAAAGAAUGAAAAACAUCAGCAACAACAGCAACAACAAUCAAAAGAAAAAGAAUCACAUCACCCAGAUUCAGCAUCGUCAUCACCAUUAUCAAAUUCAUUAUCAUCAUCAACCUCGUCUAUUAGUAAUCCAGCCUCAACUGCCACAGCAUCCGCCCAAGUGCCAGAAAAUAUUAGUAUCUCUACAACAUCACAAUCUUCAUCACCAUUACACCAACAAUCACAAAAGUUAAUGAAAGUAGAUGUUGAAAAUAUUAAAUAUUCAAAAGAAUUACCAUCAAGACAACUAAUAAUACAUAAUGAUAGCAACAGUUCACUCGAAUCAUUAAAACAAGAAGAAUUAAACCAUUUUAUUGAAAAUAUUUUAAAAUCAUCACAUAUCACAUCAGUUUCAAUACCUUUUAAUGAAAACCAAAACUUUGAAAAUAUUAAAACCAUCGUUAAAGCACUUCAUUCCAGUAAUAUUUUGGUCAAUUUUAGAGUUUCAGUAUCAAAAUCACAGCUAACAUCAUCUAAUGAAUUCUUACAAUCACCAUUUAUCUAUCAAGUUACACCUGAAAAUAUCCCACUCGAGUUCAACAAUGUCCAGCCUAUAUUUUGUUUAAAUAGUACACAAUUUCAAGAUCAAAUUAAAUUAAUAGUUUCAAAUCUAGAUUCGCAAUUAAAAGAAUUCAAUGAAAAAUUAGAUGGUAUAUUCUUUACCGAUAUCCAAUCGCAACUCUGUAUCUGUGAAAACUGUAAAGAAUCAAUGGUACUCAAUGGUUUAGACCCUAGUAGAAUCAAAGACAUUAAAUUAUUUGGUGACUAUACUAUUGAAAAUUUUAAAAGAUUAAUGACCCAAUUCAUCUUAUCAAAUAUAAUUCCAUCAAACCAAUCUGCUACACCAACACCUUUAACAAAUACACCACUUUACAAAAAAAAGAAAAUCGUCCCAAUUUCGAUAGGUUUCGAAAAUACCAGUAAUUUCAAUUUUAACAAAGAUAACUUUAUCCCAUCAAACUAUCAAGAAAUAGAAUUUAUGAAUAAAUACCAAUUCUCUUUAAACUCGCGUUAUUCAAGAACCAUUUCAAACUAUCAAACUCUAGGUAAAAUUGGUAUCUAUCAAAACAAUACACCAUUUUUAAAGUCAUUCGACACCCUUUCUUAUCAAUUAUUAUAUUCAUUACUAUUAAAUGGAAAAUAUACAUUAUUUAAUAAUUAUAAAUCAAAAUGUAACAAUUUAAAUUCAAAUCAAUUCAAACUUAUAAAUAAAUUAUAUGAAUUAAUGUCAUGUAAAGAAAUAUUUGUUAAAGGUAAACCAAUGGUAGAAUUAGCAGUGGUAUGUCCCGAUAUUGAAUGUGGCUUUGAAAUAGACUCUGUCCUUUCUUCAUUACACGGUGCCAUUUCAUUACUAGAAAGCGAAAAUUACCAAUUCAAUGUUGUUAGUCAUAUCGAAUCCAUUGUAUUAGAUGACCUUUGUCGUUAUAAAGUUUUAGUUCUCCCAGACUAUUGCACAUUAACUCGUGAUCAAUCCUUAAAGCUUCAAAAAUAUCUUAACCAAGGCGGUACAAUUUUUAUGUCAAAUUACUCUGGCUUGGAUCAAUCAACAAAGAAAUCAUUUAUAUUACCAGUCGAUAUUAGAUUUAAUAGUAAUGAAAGCGAUGGUGAAAGUUAUGAUCGUUUAAUUAUGACCUCAACAGUAAUAGAUAAAUCAAAACUAGUUGGUAAAAAGAACAACAACAGCAGCGGCGGCGGCAGCAGUGCAAUUAAAUCAAACUUAACAAUGAACCAACUUUUCAAUAAUUGUUUAGAGUUAGAGACUAAUAACUCUGUACUUUUAAGUGCAGAGCAUGGUGGUACAGUUCAAUCUGAAUCUGAUUCAAAUGUUGUAGCAGUUAUGAAUCGUGAAAUAUUAGACCAUAGCAAUAAUUCAGAACAAAAAUUACAACCAACACCAGCCAUUCUUUAUAACCAAAAUCAAAAAGUAGUCUAUUGUGCAAACCCAAUUUUUAAACAAUAUCAUCAAAAUAAUAAUCAAUAUAUCAGUACCAUAUUCUUAAAACUUUUAGAUAAACUUUUAUUAUGUUCAGAGAAAUUAGUAUCAAUUGAACCAAAUAAUACCUCAACAAAUAUAAAAGUAUUUGUAUAUCAACAAAAAUCAACAGAAACACCAAAUAAUAACAAUAACAAUAAUAAUAACAAUAAUAAAACUAAAAAUAAUAAUAACAAUAAUAAUGAUAAAUAUUAUAUUCAUUUCUUAAAUUAUAAUUGUAUCAAUAGUAAUAACAGCGGCAACAAUAAUGAACUAUCAUACCAACAAGGUGACAACAAAACAAUUUCAGUUAAUUUUAAAAUUAAUGUUCAAAAUAUUUUUUCAGUAAAUUUAAUUUAUCAUCAUUUCAAUACAAUCGAAAAUGAAACUUUAAUUCAAACCGAAACUAUUCCAUUAAAGAACUAUAAAUUUACAAAUGGUCAUCUUUAUAUUGAUGUUCCAAUUAAUUACUCUCAUCAAUUAAUUUCAAUUAAUUAAAUUAAUUAAAUGAUAAAAAAAAAAAAGAUUACAAAAAAUAAAA